AUGAUCUCUGUGGGACACCUUCUGUCUCUAUAUGUCUCAUUUUCAUAUGUCGCAGCGCUUCACUUAUCGUUUCGUGGCUUAAAUAAGCUCAAGAAGCGUCGUGACGACGUGAGGGUCAUCAAAUCGCGAAUCCGGCGAAUUACGAUCAUAUCAUUGAUAAACCUCGCGAUUAUUCCAUGGGUUCAUUCUCUAAUAUCUAAGGGCGAAGUUUCGUUUCUGGACAGCCUGAUCAAUUUGGGUGUAGUACCGGGACUUUAUGUCAAUGGGCAUUGCUGUCGAUUUGACCUUUCGACCUUUUUCCGCGACUUAGCGCACGGUAUACAGAUCAUCUGCACCCUCUACUGCGGGCCACUCCUGGAUAACUUACUAUGCUACGUGUUGACGCCUGGAGAGUCUCUGUCGGAGAUGUUUUCCACCGUUUACAAUGAAGUUACAAACAUAUGGGGAUUCCGAAACUACGUUUUCGCGCCAGUCACUGAAGAGCUGUUCUACACCAGCAUGGUCCUGAACAAUUACCUGACUACACAGGUGAGUGAUUCGGAACAUCGAUCCGCGAUAUGGAUAACUCCUUUUUUUUUCGGUCUCGCACAUAUUCACCACGCUUUUGAACUUAUCUCAACUGGGCUGUACUCCUGGACACAAGUCUUGACUUCGGCUGUAUUCCAAGUGUCUUACACGGUCAUAUUUGGCAUAUUCACGAACAUUGUUUUCAUGGCUACUGGUAAAAACCUGUGGUGUUGCAUUGUUUUGCAUAGUUUCGCAAACUACAUGGGUUUCCCACGGGGCUCCGGUUUGGAAGAACAUAUCCUUUUGGCUAGAAAGCGACCCAACGCACUAGUGAUGGUGACAAGUCGCGUUUGGAAAUGGUGCUAUUUGGCUCUUUUACUAGUCGGAUUUAUGUCCUGUUUUGACCAGACAAAAGCCCUCCUCCAACAGACUUUGAACACUAUAUAG